AUGUCUAUCUGGCUCAAUUUGACUGCCUUCACGGUACAAUCGAGACGAAAAGACGUUUCCCAACACGAUAAUGCGCGUUCGCAUGUUGAGCGUCGUGUUGUCGAAUGUAUCGCCAAUAAUGGCUGGGAACUGCUUCCAUAUCCGUCAUAUUCUCCCACAGAAGCGCCUACGGACGACCACGUCAAUCGAUCGCUGAAAAAUUGGCAGGUGAACAAUGUUUAUGCCAAUUUGGAUAACUUGGUGGCCGAUUUCAAAGCAGGGAUUUUCUCCAAGAACCGUGACGUCUUUGCCCGUGGAAUCGACCGUCUUCGAAGCAAAUGGGAAGCAGUUAUUGAAGUACCGUAUAUAACACUAUCUAUCUGUCUUAGUAUAUGCAUAUUUAUCUAUCUAUCUAUCUCAGUCUACUCAUAUCUAUCUAUCUAUGAAAAUUUCUCCGAUUUAAUCGUUUUCCCUAUCUAUCUAUCUAUCUAUCUAUCUAUCUAUUGA